AAAGGCUCUUUAAAGGGUGGGUCUCUGUCCAGUCCCCUUCCCAGCUAUAGCUUGCCCACCGCUCUUGUUCCCCUUUCUCUCUCAAACCUAGGCAAGAAAUCACCUACCCCUCUCUCUUUCUCUCUCUCAGCCUCUCUCUAUCCUCUCCUUGGCAUCUCAUGCCCCCAAGCUAAGCUUCUAGGCCGCGCUGAUCCAUCGCUUGCAUGAUCCUGCAUGGAAGGGGGUAGCCAGCUGGGGGCGUGCCUUCCCAGCCUCUACGCGCUCGAUCCGUACGCAUCCCCUCCCCUCCUCGCUCCAUUGCCGAACCAGCACAAGCUUCACCAGCUGCCGCUGGUGCUCCAAGAGCAGCCAGGGAACCACGGCGUGAUGUUCUCCUCGGACCAUGGCGGAGGCCUGUACCCGCUGCUUCCGGGGAUCCCCUUCUGCCACUCCGCCGCCGCCUGCGAGAAGUCCACCGGGUUCGCGCCCUUGGGCGGCACCGGCGAGGCGGGCACAUCGGCGGCCAGAGCGGGCAACGAGUUUGCUAGUGCUACUACUACCACCACAGCCAGCUGCCAUGGUCCGAGCUCAUGGUGGAAGGGGGCGGAGAAGGGAAAGAUGAAGGUGAGGAGGAAGAUGAGGGAGCCGCGGUUCUGCUUCCAGACCAGGAGCGAAGUGGACGUGCUGGACGACGGAUACAAGUGGAGGAAGUACGGCCAGAAGGUUGUCAAGAACAGCCUUCAUCCCAGGAGCUACUACCGGUGCACCCACAGCAACUGCCGCGUGAAGAAGCGUGUGGAGCGGCUGUCGGAGGACUGCCGCAUGGUGAUCACCACCUACGAAGGCCGCCACACCCACACCCCCUGCAGCGACGACGACGCCGGCGGCGACCACACGGGCAGCUGCGCCUUCACUUCCUUCUGAUCGAUCGGCGGCGACCACACGGGCAGCUGCGCCUUCACUUCCUUCUGAUCGAUCGGCCGAUAUUUGCCGAAACGCACACAAAACACUUCAAAUUAGCUGGGUAUGGUAGAAGCAUGCAUGCUUUUGGUAAUUUGGUUUAGAUAGACUAGUCACCAUUAUUGCAAUGUGGAGGGUAAACAUAUAUAUCGAGUUAUAAUAUCCUGUUGUGCAUCGGUA